GGAAAAAAUAAUGUUACGGAAAUAGCCCUGCAAGUUUGUAAAAUAAAUAUGAAAGUUAUUCAGGGGUGUAAAUGCAAAACACGCUGUAAAAUAAAAACCAAGUGUUUCAAGGGAUCGAUCAGUCUUCUGUGAAAAAAACCGAACCGAACCGAUUCGAACGAUGGACGAACCGAACCGGCCGGAGUGGUCUAUCGACCCGGACCUCGACGGCAUCGACGUCGACCCUGACGACGCCGUGAGCUCUCUGCCGCUCAAGUCCGUCCCGGCCGGCGACCUUUUUGAGGCGGCGCGCGCCGGGGAUCGUGACCGCCUCCGCCUUCUCCUUGAUGCCGGAGCUAAUGUCAACGCGCGUGACCGGUGGGACUCGUCGGCCCUCUAUUAUGCUUGCCUCGCCGGCCACGUCGAGGCUGCUCGCAUGCUUCUUGAGGCUGGCGCCAUUUGCGCCGAGCGUACCUUCGACGGUGACCGCUGCCAUUAUGCUGCACUGAACCUUCGUGUUCGGAGGCUCCUGAAGGCCUUUGAGGCCCGGCCGCCGCCGCUUGGACCGCUUCCUGGAGCGUUGAGGGAUACUUUUCUUGGUUGUUUGGCGAAUCGCAGGUCGUUUCUGGAGCAGUGUGAGGAGACUGGUGUGGCCGCUUGGGGUGCAGGUGACUUAUUGUUAAAUGAUGGCACCGAAUCUAGCUCAUUUCCGCCUGAUAUUACAUUCUAUGUGGAUGGGAGACCCAUUGAAGCACACAGAGUUAUAUUAAGUGCACGAUCACCUUUCUUUAAGAGGAAGUUUGAGAAUGAUUGGAAGGAGAAGAAGGAAGUGAGAUUCUCGGGCCAGAAGUUGUCUUAUGUUGCAUUGUAUAGUUUGAUCCAUUUCUUCUAUUCUGAUAGACUAGAGAUUGCGGUGGAUGACAUGGAAGAUCUUGUAAGGACAUGUAAAGCGUGCAGGUGCAAUGAAUUGCAGACAAUUCUCAAGAAGGAAUUGAUGCAUCAAAAAUAUGCAGAAUAUAAAUCAUUGCGAGACGUUGAUAAUUCUCAGAAAAGGUUUAUUUUGCAAGGUUCAUCGCUACCUGAGCAGUAUAGGCUUCCUUCUGCCUUGAAUCACAUUCUACAAACUUCUCUUGCUAAUUCGAGCUGCCAAAACAUAAGCCCUGAUGCAUUUGAGGAGAAAGUUAGCCAAAUUGGUGAUGAUCUCGCUGAUGUUUGCAUAAAGGUCAGUGAAAAGAUCUUCCGCUCCCACCAAGUGAUCCUAGCUUCAAGAUCAGAGUAUUUCAAAGCGAGGCUGUCUCGAAUGACAGGUUUCCUUGAAGGGAAUGGUAGGUUUCCUAGCUGCUCUCUUCCCUUUCUAGAAGUAAAUGAUUUGAGCACAGAGGCAUUUGAGAAGAUGGUGGAAUACAUGUACACAGAUAGUUUGAAGGAAAUGGACCCUGAUCUGGCUGAGGAAAUAUUUGAUGCUGCUUCAAGAUACUUACUCUUUCCUCUUAAGCGGACUGCUGCCGAUGCACUCUUACCACACUUGGAAACGGUCUCACCUGCAGAACUUUGCCAUUGGCUGAUAUUAUCAGACAUGUAUGGUGUCAUUAAAAUAAGGGAAUAUUGCUUAGAUGUCAUUGCUUGUAAUUUUGAGACAUUUGCUGAUACAAGAGAGUUCCGAGCAAUGCUGCUAACACUUCCACCCCCUUCUGGAGACUCCUCAUUUCGCACUACCGUACCAAGUGCUCCUGGAUUCGGGGGUAACUCUGAUCAGGGAAAUCUUCUUGAUGACUUGCGAGAGAAGUGGCUUGAAGCUGAAGCUGCUGAGCUUGACAAGAGAGAUGAGAGUGCUGCAUUGUUUGACAAGCGACUAGAGAUGUUAGUCCAAGUAGCAGAGCAUGAAACAAACGAAGCCAAUGGAGAUUCAGCGGAAAAGAAGCAUCUUGAUGAAUUGUCUCAGCGCUUGAGCGAUGAAAGUUUCUGCGCAGAAAAACAUAAUGAAGCAUCAUAAUGAGUCACUGUUUUGUUCGUCUCUUAUUUUUCUGAUCAGUGUUUUGUAUGACCAGAAAAGAGCAAGAUCUUUGGAGAAUUUGUUGUAAUGCAUUACAUUCUCUUGUUUAUAGAGCAAAAUAAAAAUCGUCAGGUUUCUCUCA